AUGGCUUCUUCUUCUUCAGUUGGUGUUGGCAACCAGAGCAUGAUGGCCAUGCUAAUCUCACUGACUGUGAUGCUCCUAAUCUCACCCGCGCAUUCCCUCACCUGCAACUCCCAGUCCUUCACCAACAGAAAGCUCUACACUCAAUGCGCCGACCUCCCCACGCUCAGCGCCUACCUUCACUGGUCCUACGACUCCGCCAACUCCACCAUCGCUGUCGCCUUCGUCGCACCUCCUGCCAAGCCCGCCGGGUGGGUUGCAUGGGCCAUCAACCCCACCGGCACCGGCAUGGAGGGCGCGCAGACGCUCUUGGCCUACAAAACCGCCUCCGGCGCCAUGGCUGUCAAGACGUUUAACAUCAGUGGCUACACCGGCGACGCCAUUGUCCCCGGAAAACUCGCGUUUGACGUCUGGGACACGGCGGCGGAGUCGUCCGGAGACGCGUUCCGGUUGUUUGCGAAGGUGAAGGUGAAGACUGGGCAGGUGAACCAUGUAUGGCAGGUCGGGCCGGCGGUGACGGAUACUGGGUUUCCGGCGAAGCAUGCUUUUGAUGAUGGGAAUCUUCAGGCCAAAGGGACUCUCACCUUGACCGGAAGUAAUGCCGGUGUCACAGCCACCACCGGAGCCGAUUCCAAGCUGAAGAACAGGAAUAUUCAUGGGAUUCUGAAUGCUGUGAGUUGGGGGUUUUUGUUUCCAUUGGGGAUGGUCAUAGCAAGGUACAUGAGAGUCUUUCCGUCUGCCGAUCCUGCAUGGUUUUAUCUUCAUGUAUCCUGCCAAUUAUCUGCUUAUGCCAUCGGCGCCGCUGGCUGGGCCACCGGAAUGAAGCUUGGAAGAGCUGAGUACAUUCUACACCGCAACAUCGGAAUUACCCUCUUCAGCUUUGCAACUGUGCAGAUGUUUGCAUUGUUCUUGAGACCUGCUAAGGAUCACAAGUACAGGCUCUUCUGGAACAUCUACCAUCACGGCAUUGGCUAUUCAAUUCUCAUCCUUGGCAUUGUCAAUGUGUUCAAAGGCUUAGACAUACUGAACCCUGAUAAGCAUUGGAAAUCCACUUACAUUAUUGUCAUCUCGGUGUUGGCUGGGAUUGGCGUACUCCUGGAAGCAGUCACUUGGGUUGUUGUACUGAAGAGAAGGUCAGGCAAGUCCGCCACAUAUGAUGGAUGAGUCGACAGUCGACAAGGAAGAUGGAGGUCUCCCAUUGCAGAUAUACUGAUCUUGUAAUAUCCCUGUGGCCUUACUUUGUUCAUCUUCCAUCUCUUGCUUGUAUAAUGGAUUCAUUUAUUUAGGACUCUUAUUUAGUAUAUACCUUAUGGUGUCCAAUUUUUCACAUGCUUAUCCAUGGCUUCAAUUCCUUGGUUAGUGUGAUGUUACUUCUAGUAUUGCUGCGAGUAAUUUGAUUUCUCUGUUACAACCCUA